UCAUGUUGCCAGUGGCACAUCUCGUCAAAGUAUCUAUUCCGAAUUAUUUAGCUGGUUUACCUAUUCCAGAUUCUAUAGGAGGAUGGUUUCGACUUGGAAUACGAGACUGGUUUGCUUUAAUUCCGCCAUCCGCAUUAUUAGCGGGUCUCGGUUAUAUGUCAUACAAAGCAUUCUGUCCAAAGGCUAGAGGUCCGCCAUGUGGACGUGUAAAUCUUUCCAUAAAGAAAGAUGAAAAUAAAGUGGUAGAGAUAGUUGAUAUAGAAGAUAUAAGUGAGAAAACUGCAUUUUGUCGUUGUUGGAGAUCUCAAAAUUGGCCAUAUUGUGAUGGCUCCCAUGGACCUCAUAAUCAGGAAAUGAAUGAUAAUGUGGGACCUCUUGUGAUUACAAGGAAGAAUAAUUAAUGUGAGGUAAUUAAUACGUAAAGAUUAUUGUAUAUACAUGUCAUUUAUGAUGUUAUAAAUACCCAUUAAAAGAGAUGUUUCUUCAAUGAUUUGAGUACUUUAUAAACUAACAAAUAUUAGUGUAGAGAAAUGUUGGAAAUUAGUA